GUCAUCAGCAUAUCAACAUGGUUACGACUAGUUGCCCGACGCGAUAACGAAACGAAGAUGUUAGAACUAUCUAACAUUUAAAAAAAAAAAGUAUAAAUAAAAAAAAAUUAUCGGAAAUUCAAAGGAAAAAAAUCUAAAUUACAUAUUGCGUAAAAGGUGUUACUUCAGUGUUUAGUUAGAGAGCAUAAAGUGCUCAGCAUUUCGUAAUUUCAAAAUGUAGAAGAAUAACUAGAAUGUAAAUUGCUUAUCAAUGCCACAGAAUUAAGGCUUGGCUUUAAUUCAAUCAAUAUCAUCAUGUUGUCAUAAGUAGAAAAGAUAAAGUCAAUGAUUGUACCAUGAGCUGUUCUGUAGAAUUAAGACAGCGUAGACAACAGGGGAUGGCGGAGGACCCUCAUAAGCUUGCAGCAAUGAUGAAUAAAUCUCAGAGACUUGUGUUGGGAUUGUUAGUGUUGUUAUUAGUUGAUAUCAUUUGGGUUUCUAGUACUGAACUUACUAAAUAUAUUUAUAGAGAAGCAGCAUUUGAAAAGCCAUUUUUUACUACAUAUGUAAAAACAUCAAUGUUUACAUUUUAUUUGCUUGGUUUAUGUUUUUGGCCUCCAUGGAGGGAUCAAUGCAAUAAACCAGCAACAUAUAUGUUCAUAGAUCCUAAUGUGGAAGAUGAUAAUUUCUAUUCAGAAGCUAACACAAGUUUGAGUGAUCCAACAUUUGUACCAAUAAAAACACCAGAUCAUUGUGAUCGUUCUUCAGGCACAGAAAGUGAUGAUUCAUCAAUACGAUCAGUAAGAUUUAGUAAAUUAGCAGAAGUUCGUCAUAUGUCAGAAAGUGAUGCCACAGAAGCAUUAUUAGCAAGACUUAGUUAUCAAGCAAGUUUAAGAGCUGGAGAACAUGCAAGACGGCAAGCUAAUAAGUUUUCUGUUCAGAAAAUUGCUAAAAUUGCACUUAUGUUUUGUUUACUUUGGUUUAUAGCAAAUUAUACUUAUCAAAUAUCAUUAGUAAAAACUGAAUCAGGAGUUGUAACUGUAUUGACAUCAACUUCUAGUUUAUUCACUUUAUUCCUUGCUGCUUUUUUUCCUAGUAAUGGUGGGGAUAAAUUUACAUUGUCUAAACUAGUUGCUGUCUCUGUUAGCAUUCUUGGAUUAGUUUUAGUUGGUCUUUCAGAUUUAACUAUAGAAGCUAGUAGAAUACCUACAUCCAUAAUAUUGGCUCUAGUCAGUGCAUUUUUUUAUGCAGCUUACAUUGUGUUUCUUAAGAGAAAAGUAGAUCAUGAAGAUAAGAUGGAUAUUCCAAUGUUCUUUGGGUUUGUUGGACUUUUUAAUUUGACACUUCUAUGGCCUAUGUUCUUUAUUCUUCAUUAUGGUCAUUGGGAAGAAUUUGAAUGGCCAGAUACUCAUCAGUGGACAUAUUUAAUUAUUAAUGGUUUGAUUGGUACAGUUUUAAGCCAAGUGCUUUGGUUAUGGGGUUGUUUUUUAACAUCAUCCCUUAUUGCAACCUUGGCAGUCAGUUUACUUAUGCCGAUGUCGAUGAUAGCUGAUGUCUUAUUAAAAAAAGUUGAGUAUCCUUGUAUUUUCUAUCUAGGAACCAUUCCAAUGCUGUUAGCAUUUCUUACUGUAUCUCUUCUAUCAUAUUAUGAUAAUUGGGAUCCAGUUAUGGAUUUAAUAAAAAGAAUUUACAUUUGGAUUUUUAGAAAAAAUAGAUCAAUAAGAAUACCAGAUCUUGAAGCAGAACAAACAGAAUCGCUGAUAGGAAUAAAUAACGGUGAACAUGAAGCUUAACUCGACAAUAAUGAAAAAGAUAUGUAACAAAUGUGUUUUGUGUAUAUUUCUACAUCUAACAAAUGCUUCGUCAACAUGCAUAAAAUAUUAUUAAUAUAUUGUGUACAUGUCUUCUUAAUAUAAAUAUCUCCUUCGA